UUCGUAUGACGCAAAAUGUCGACUGGGCUGCAGGCUAGAAAGUAAAAACAAAUGACAAUGUUAUUGUUAGACUAAGGAUGGUGAUCGGGCCUUGUACUCAUGGAGAACGAUGGGACUGAGAAACAUCCACUGGACAAAACUAUCCCACCUAGCGUAAAACCGGAACUUCGGAGUCUUAGGAAAGAUGACCGCGGCCCUGCGAUCGAAGCAUCACACAUUACAGGCAAACCCUUCCUGCAACCAGAAGCUUCGCAUAUUGCAGGCAAACCCUUCCUGCAACCCGAGACUCCACACUUUGCAGGCAAACCCUUCCUGCAACCCGAGGCGCUAGACAUAGUCGAUGGGAUCCGGCCGUCUAGCAGCAAAACUAGGUCACUGACUCUUCUGCCGGCCAUACAAGAGUCACUGUAUGAAGACAAAGAGGACGUCAGUUUGUAUGAGUCACGCUCCUCCUCCUCCGUCCUCUCGCGCAGACACCACGUGACCUCUCGCGUCAGCAGCAAACCUGCGCUGACGAGCAUAUCCGAAGAGCUGCUGACGCGCACCCCUGACUCUGUUUUCCAAAGGCUCCUGAGUCGGGUGGAGGAGGACGAUGAAGAAGAACACGGGGCGGCUAGACAAACCCGGUCUCAGGGGGCGGAGACUAGGAAAGUUCUGGCCCAAAGUUUCGGGGACACGGCCACGUCAGCACGUGUUGAGCUUAGUUUAGCCCAACUGGACAGUCCGAACGAUGCCUCCUCUCAGUUCCAGACUUCUCUGGGUGGGAGAUCCCACUUUACCACACUGGCAGGCGGCGAAGGCGAAGUGGAACGGGAAAUUGUGCAGAAAAAUGAAACGGAAAUGGAGACGGAUGAAUAUUGCACCGCGCCGGGUCACCAGGUGUCAAUCAUCAACGACAGGUGCAACAGCCACCCCAUCAACCUGCUCCUCCCUGACGGCAGCGAGGAGGCGGAGAUCUUUGAGUCGUCUGUCAGCCGGGGCGCCAUCCCCGGGGCCGGAGAGCAAGCUAACCUGAUGACCCCCGGGCCUGAUGAUCUUGUAUGCCCCCGCCAAGACAUUCGAUACUCCACCUCAUCAGAGCACCGAGUCGACAUAGACCUCCAGCCCAGCUUCCUACCAUCACAGAGCUGUUCGUACUCUGAAGCAAGUAUCACAACACUCGAACACGGCAGGGACAGUGAAGAGAGCUGCCUGGAGCUCCGGGAGCUGCAGCUCAAUGAGGAGACCGUGGGGCGCCCUCUUGAUUGGGGCUGUCAGAACGACGGGGAGAUGACCAGUGGCCAAGAUGUGUGGACAGAGGCCUUCAAUGGGGAGACCGUGGGGCGCCCCCUCGACUGGGGCUGUCAGAACGACGGGGAGCUGACCAGUGGCCAAGAUGUGUGGACAGAGGCCUACCUCAAUGGCGGGGACACGGGCACCGAGAAUCUGUUCUUCACGAUAGGAGAGGAGCAGGUCAUACCCAUGGGGGAUGUCCUCACCUCUACUCGACCUACACUUACCACUGAGGCGGGCGUCUUCAAGCCAGUCGCAUGCAUAGCCAGCCUCAACAUCUACAUCAACCAGAUUGUCCUCGGCUCACUGUGUGAGGUCAUAGUUCAACUUGCACUCAAUAAAGCGAUGCAGGACAUUGAGAAGGACGCUCCACAAAGUGCCAGACCAGCUGAGACGACCGUAUGUGAGGACAGCACGGCCAAACCCGCCCCCGUCUCCUCCCGACCCAAGGGCUCCGGCUCAGAUUCUAUCGUGGGUGAGGCCGCUGGCAGUGGGGCCGACUCGUCUGUCCCGCGGGAGUCCCACUCGGAACACACGACAGGCUCGGCCAGCUCCGAGAGACAGGACAAGGAGUUUAAAGAUAAGGACGCCAAGAAACAAAGAGAGAAGGACACCAGCUCCAAACAAAGAGGGAGAGAACGAGAGAGAAACAAGCGUAAGAGAGACCGGGAAGACAGGGGCAGCUCGGCGGGCAAGCAGCAGAAGUUGCUGAGAAACGCCGUGGGCGACGUUCAGAGGCUGGACAAUGUUCACGUGGCUAGAGAUAGAACCAGCACGGUGUCGGAUGUGCUGAAGAACACCCCCACUGUGUCUGUGGGCCAUCAGGCAACGGUGACAGAGGUUACGGCAACUUUUCAGAAUCAGCCAACCGUGAGGGAAAGUUCCAGGCAGUCGAGCGAACAAACCAGCCGAUCGGAUGACGCGGGUGACGUCAGAGAUCACAACGUCAAGUCCUCGUGUGGCCUGGAAUCACAGACCGUGACCUCCAGCACUGAGGACAGUUCUAUAGGAGACUCCCAGGCCAACAGAACUCAAAGAACCGAGUCCGACGAAACUUUAAACGAGGAGGACAAGUCUGUCGAAGAAUACACCUGGAAUCUAGAGAACAGCAAAACGACCACGAGUCGUUUUGGUAAACGAACCUCCUUGCAUCGAGCCAAAGUGAACGGAGUAGCCAACAGCCACACCAACGUCUCCUGCAGCACCCCCACCAUCAGUGAAAAGACAAACAGUCGUCUUUCCUCCCCUGACCGAGACUCGGUCGAGUUCAACGACGGCCUCCAACAGCGAGAAGAGACGACCACAGCCUCGCUGAAUGAGUCUGUGGAUCUGGAGGAGUCCGUGUAUGAACUGGGGAACAGCGUCGAUCUCCAGAACAGCCCUCCACACAACUCGUCUCACGGGGAUGGGGCACACGUCAAACGCCCGGGGCAACUGAACCCAGCCUCGCUGCCUGUCUGUCAAAUCUUUGACGAGUCUUUUAACCACCCGCCAAAGUACUCGACGGAAAACGUGUCCGGUGAUUGGGACGAAGGCGGCGAGUCACUGAAUGUUUCAGGCCAAGAGCCCCACCCGCCUACUGACGAACAGGCUCGUAAUGUGCACGAAGUCUCUCAGAUGGCUGAAGGGCAGCUCAACAUGCAAUGCUGCGUGGGGGAAGAGGACUCACUGUCUGAGUCCAUUGAUGACAGGAGUGAGCGACUGAAAGACUUGCUCGCGCUGGCCCAAGGUCAAGGCAACAUGGUCAUUAGCCCUGUUCUGGCACCACAAGCCACCAUCAGUGAACAUGGACCUUCUUCCUGCGAGUAUGUUCGUUGUUCAGAAGGAAAGCAACUCGAGGCGUCAAACUUGGGUCAGCAGCACAUUUUGUAUAACUCUCCUCAGGAGAGAGCUGAAGACGGUUCUCAACAUUUGCUAGAAAAGCCGAUUGAUAACCGUUUGACAGCUAUAGAUGCUGCUUGUAAACAUCAUCCAAAUGAUGAGUUGUUUGAGCCUAAAGUUGAUCAACAACCUGAUGAUGAGUUGGAGAUUGAAGAUGUUCGACAGCCAAAUAAUGAGUUGUUAGAGCCUAAAGAGAGUCAACAACUAGAUGAUGAGUUGUCGGAGAAUGAAGAGAGUCAACAACCAAAUGAUGAGUUUUUUGAUAAUGAAGAGAGUCGGCAACCAAAUGAUGAGUUUUUUGAUAAUGAAGAGAGUCGGCAACCAAAUGAUGAGUUGUUAGAGAAUGAAGAGAUUCAACAACCAAAUGAUGAGUUUUUUGAGAAUGAAGAGAGUCGGCAACCAAAUGAUGAGUUGUUAGAGAAUGAAGAGAGUCAACAACCAAAUGAUGAGUUUUUUGAGAAUGAAGAUAGUCAGCAACCAAAUGAUGAGUUUUUUGAGAAUGAAGAGAGUCAGCAACCAAAUGAUGAGUUUUUUGAGAAUGAAGAGAGUCAACAACCAAAUGAUGAGUUUUUUGAGAAUGAAGAGAGUCAAGAACCAAAUGAUGAGUUUUUUGAGAAUGAAGAGAGUCAACAACCAAAUGAUGAGUUUUUUGAGAAUGAAGAGAUUCAGCAACCAAAUGAUGAGUUUUUUGAGAAUGAAGAGAGUCAACAACCAAAUGAUGAGUUUUUUGAGAAUGAAGAAAAUCAGCAAUCAAAUGAUGAGUUUUUUGAGAAUGAAGAGAGUCAACAACCAAAUGAUGAGUUUUUUGAGAAUGAAGAGAGUCAACAACCAAAUGAUGAGUUUUUUGAGAAUGAAGAGAGGCAACAACCAAAUGAUGAGUUUUUUGAGAAUGAAGAAAAUCAGCAAUCAAAUGAUGAGUUUUUUGAGAAUGAAGAGAGUCAACAACCAAAUGAUGAGUUUUUUGAGAAUGAAGAGAUUCAACAACCAAAUGAUGAGUUUUUUGAGAAUGAAGAGAGUCAACAACCAAAUGAUGAGUUUUUUGAGAAUGAAGAGAGUCAAGAACCAAAUGAUGAGUUUUUUGAGAAUGAAGAGAGUCAAGAACCAAAUGAUGAGUUUUUUGAGAAUGAAGAGAGUCACCAACCAAAUGAUGAGUUUUUUGAGAAUGAAGAGAGUCAAGAACCAAAUGAUGAGUUGUUGGAGACUGAAGAGGUUUACCACCAUUUGGAGGCUGAAGAUGACCCUAGCCGAACCUUCGAGGCAGAAAACACAUCGACCAUGUCAACUUACACCCAGGAAACAACGCUAGUUACGGUGUGCAGCUUGAGAAAAGAAGACACUCAAGACAACUGCGAUGACCAGUUAUUUAACUCGGCAUUCACCUGCGAAACAGAACGAGGACAAGACGAUCAGAGUAAAGGUGAUCUUGAGCAUGUCACACAAAACAUUAGUUUAUCUGAUAAAGACAAUGAAAUGUCCGACAAUAUAGAAAACACACAAGCGGAUGAGAUGGCAGAACAUUUAGAUAUCCAGGCAGAAAAGAUGUCGGAGCAUGUACAUGUAGAAGAGACGGAGAAAGAUGUUGAUGUACAGUGGGAAAACAAAGUGGAAGAUGUUGGUUUUCGACGUACUGAUGUAGAAAACGUGAAUUUACAGCAGAAAGGGUUAGUGGAAAGUAUGGAUGUCAAAGUAAAUGAGACUGUGGAAAAUGCAGAUUUACAACCAGAAGAGGAUGUGGAAAAUGUGGAUUUACAACCAGAAGAGACUGUGGAAAAUGUUGAUUUACAACCCGAAAAGGAUGUGGAAAAUGUGGAUUUACAACUAAAAGAUGCUGUGGAAAAUGUGGAUUUACAAGAGGCUGUGGAAAAUGUGGAUUUACAACCAGAAGAGGAUGUGGAAAAUGUGGAUUUACAACCAGAAGAGGAUGUGGAAAAUGUGGAUUUACAAGAGGCUGUGGAAAAUGUGGAUUUACAAGAGGCUGUGGAAAAUGUGGAUUUACAAGAGGCUGUGGAAAAUGUGGAUUUACAACCAGAAGAGGAUGUGGAAAAUGUGGAUUUACAAGAGGCUGUGGAAAAUGUGGAUUUACAACUACAAGAAGCUGUGGAAAAUGUGGAUUUACAAGAGGCUGUGGAAAAUGUGGAUUUACAAGAGGCUGCGGAAAAUGUGGAUUUACAACCAGAAGAGGCUGUGGAAAAUGUGGAUUUACAACUAAAAGAAGCUGUGGAAAAUGUGGAUUUACAAGAGGCUGUGGAAAAUGUGGAUUUUCAACAAGGAAAGGAAGUGGAAUAUAUAGAAGAGAAUGUUGAUGAACUUGAAGGAAGAAUUUUUGAUCCGUGUUUAGAAAUACCUUCAGUAGAAGUUGGUGCAGCUCAAGGAAACAUUGAACUAGAAGGGCUCUUAGAUAAACAGGAAAUAGAGCUAAGAAGGUAUCUCGAUGAACAACAUGAAGAUCAAGUAGGGCAUAUUCAUAAAGAGGACGUAAAGUUUACAGGGCAUCUAGACCAACAAAAAGUGCAGCUAGCUGGGCAUCGACUUAAACAGGAAGAAGAGCUAGCUGGGCAUCUUGAUGAACAGGAAGUGGAUCUAGCUGCACAGCUUGAUGAACAGGAAGUGGAUCUAGCUGCACAGCUUGAUGAACAGGAAGUGGAUCUAGCUGCACAGCUUGAUGAACAGGAAGUGGAUCUAGCUGCACAGCUUGAUGAACAAGAAGUGGAUCUAGCUGCACAGCUUGAUGAAAAGGAAGUAGAGCAAGCUGGGCUUCUAAAUGAACAGAGAGAAAUGCUAGGUGUGCGUUCAAAUGAACAGGACGAAGAGCCGGCUGAGCAUCUUGAUGAACAGGAAGAUCUAGCUGUACAGUUUGAUGAGCAGGAGGUAAAAGUAGCGCUAGCUGUGCAUCUUGAAGAACAGGACGAAGAGCUAGCAGGGUAUCAAGAUGAACAGGAAGAAAAGUUAGUUGGGCAUUAUUAUGAACAGGACGCAACGCUAGCUGGGCAUUUUCAUGAAUAUGAUGAAGACCUAGCAGGGCAUCUUGAUGAACAGGACGAAGAGCUAGCUGGGCAUCUUCAUGAACAGAAAGUAGAACUAGAUGGACAUCUUGAUGAACAGGAAAUAGAGCUAGCUGGGCAUCUAAAAGUACUGAACAAAGAGCUAGCUGGGCAUCUUAGUGAACAGGACGAAGAGCUAGCUGGGUAUCUCGAUAAACAGUACGAAGAUCUUGCUGACCAUGGUGAUGAACAAGAAGCAGAGCUAGAUGGGCACUUUGACGAAAAAUGUUAUUUACAUGUGCAAAACGAUCAGCUGGAAGAAACCGCUGAAAAUGUCCUCCAAAUACCCAGCCAACAUUUUGACAUGAAGGAAGAAAAGGUACAGCAUGAAAAGUUAGAAUUCACCGUGAGCUACGAAGAUCAUGAAAUUACAGAAUGUGUAAUCGAAAUAAGAAGCCAUUUAGAUCCUACAACAAUUUCUGGUGUCGUGGAAGUUGAUGGAGGUGAUACAGCAUUGCACACUCACACGGAGUCUAUGGCAGGCUGUCUCCAAAAGAAGGACACAAUAGAUAAUGGUCCAGAAACAAUUUCAAGCGAAAUAGCCUUACAAGAUGUCAUAGAAAAGAAUGAAAGUGACGAAAUGUCAAUUGAACAGUUACAAACAGAAGAAGCUCGACCGUGUGAACAUGUUAUAGACGAGGAAUCAGAGCAGUGUGAAGAUGGUUUUUACCAGGACAGGGGCAGUACCGUGAAUGAGACUGCAACAAAACAAGGCGAUAACACUGACCAGAUACCUGACACGGAUAGACCGAGUCAAAUCCCUGGGGCUGCACACUUGGACGCUGGGAAUCUUCUGUCUUCAUCCACUCGAAACAUAGGUGAGAUGGAUGUCUUGCCUGUCUCGUCAGCAGAUAUGGAUGUCUUGCCUGUCUCAACAACAGAGAUGGAUGUCUUGCCUACCACAACAGCAGAGGUCGAUGUCUUGCCUGUCACGACAGCAGAGAUGGAUGUCUUGCCUGUCUCAACAACAGAGAUGGAUGUCUUGCCUACCACAACAGCAGAGGUCGAUGUCUUGCCUGUCACGACAGCAGAGAUGGAUGUCUUGCCUACCACAGCAGCACAGAUGGAUGUCUUGCCUACCACAACAGCAGAGGUCUAUGUCUCACCUGCUGCGACAGCCGAGGAUGACCUACUCAGCCAGCUUCACACCAGUCCCGAGCUGAUUGAUCUCUCGUGUACCUAUAACAAGGAUCAUCAGAGCGAUGGUUUCUCUAAACCACAGGACAACGAAAGUCCUGGAAAUGUGCACACGAUUCGAGAUAUCCUAACGGAAAUGACGGCACAGAUCGAUUUGUUUGUUGGCUCAGAUCAAGCCAAGAGUGAGACGAGACGAAAUGACCUCUUAGAACUGAAUACAUUAAGAGAGGAGGAGGAGACUCGUGAGGUGGACGAGACAGGAAGAGACCAAAAGAAAGACAGCGGUGAGGAGCUCAAGUCUUCACGUCAAUACAUCUUAGGAAACAUACAGACAAUGAAUCAAGUAGGAGCAUCUUUAGACAACACUAAAGAUGCCUUAGCUAAAGACAUGAGUCCAACUUUUGAAGAGAUGAAAGAUGUUUUAGCUGAAGAAAUAAAUCCAACUGUUAAAAAUAUGAAAGACAUGAGUCCAACUGUUGAAGAGAUGGAACAUAUCUUAGCGGAAGAAAUAAAUCCAAAUGUUGAAGAUAUGAAAGAAGUUUUAGCUGAAGAAAUAAAUCCAAAUGUUGAAGAGAUGAACGAUGUCAUAACUGAAGACAUGAAUUCAGCUUUGGCCAACACGGAAAAUUUGUUUGCUAAAAAGACGAGUCCAGCUUCAGCUUUAGACAACAUUGAAAAUGUAUUAGUUGAAGAGAUGGAAGAUCCCUUGGUUGAAGAGAUAAAUGUACCUGUUGAAGAGAUGGAAGAUGUCUUUGCUGAAGUCAUGAACCCAAUUGAUUUAGACGACGAGCAUGAGCCACUUCUAAAACAAGACCUCGAUGAGGAUACGUCUUCAACCGUUACUCUCAGAGAUUUCGUGGGCAGCUAUCAUGGCCUGGUAACUUUAACUGAUGCCUCGCCCAGCAUCGUAGGCCUGGACCAUGUAGCAGAACUUGAAACUGUCGACUACACGGAGAGCGUAAAGACCCGAGGUAAAGUUUCAGAAGAGAUAGAUAACGUCGAGGGUACGACUGGGCUGGAAGAUGAGGUAAGAACCGAAGAAGUGACUGCGUUCAAUUUAGUUGCGGAAGUAAACGUUAGACAUGAAGUGUUAGAGAAUAGUGAAGAUAUGAACAUUGUUAUAUCACAUACAACAUUUCAAGAGAACCCAGAUUUGUUGGUUAAUGUUGAAGAAAAGGGAAAUGGUUUAGAUUUAACCAAUGAAGUAAGUCUAGGCAACGAGGAAUCUGUUUCAAACAAGCUAGCUGAAGUGAAAAGUGACUUAGCUCAUGAAACUAACAAAGACAGCGAGUUUUCUUUUCCAACUCCGUGUAGGGAUGCUCUUAGUGAUAAUUAUAACCAGGGCGAAGUGUUUUUAAACAGUGUAGAACGUAAUUUAGGACAGAAGUAUUACGCAGGUCCAAAUGACGGGAGGAAGCAAAUGUUGGCCAAGGAUGCGCUGGUUGGUGAAGCAGACAAGGGGUCAGGAGGUCAGGACGAGAGCGGUCAGCAAGUCAGCCACGACGGGACGGCGCAGCAGUGUCUGGACAUUGUUGAUAGCGAGAUGACCUCUGACAAUGCUGAGAGUUUCGAGCAGUGGUCAACACAGGAGCCUGCGGCCUUUGAACAUGCAGGCUGGCAGGAAGAAAACACUGGUGUUGAUGUGGAUCAAAUGAAAGAAACAAAACUUCAAGAAGAAAAGAUUCAAGAAGAAAAGAUUCAGGCUCCUGCGGCGAGUAGUACAGAUGGGAUCAUGUUCUUGUCGGCGGAGAAUGUCGAGAGAAGUGCGUUCAGUCGAGUGCAGACUGCGUCACGAGAGAAGGACGCAGACGUCACUGUCGUGAUGCCUCUUCCAGACGAGACUCAAAGCGUGAAUGAAGCAGACGAGAACUCGUUGCUUGUGGAUGAAAAGGAAGCGGCGCCUGGAGAUUCCUCGUUUGUUGUUAAAGACAAGCAGGAGCUGGAGACAAACAUGGAAGCUGUGGUGUGUGUGGCCAGCUUGCCACAGUAUAGGGACACGUCGCCUUUUGUUGGAGACGGGAAAGAUGUUGAGCUGGAGGAGUUUGGCGUGUGCCAGGAGGGUGUACACGUGGAUGAUCUGGACGCCAGUGAGAAGCUUGCACUAGCGGCGGCUGAGAGAGACACGACGCUGGAGGUUUCCCCGGCCAAACAUCUCCAAGACGUUGAGGAGGAGACCAAGCCGCUGGUGAAAGAGACGAAAGACGGGAGGAGGCGGGUCAAGAAGGGGGCGGGGCCCAAAGCUUCACAGAAUCUCACGGAGACUGACGGUGCCGCUAAGGCCGUUAAAAAAACGCCCCAAAAAGCGAAAAGUGCAGAUGAAGGUGCUCCGUUGAAAAGUUCUGAGAGCCGUGACGUCACUGAGGCGGUGGCUUCUGCCUAUGGUCUGAGGGUCACCCAGAGUAGCCCCGCCCCAGCCUGUGGUGUCAAGAGACUCAAAAUUGUUGACGUCAAAGAUUUCCCGAAAGAUCAGCCGUGCAUUUAUCGACCAGAGGAAGCUGCAAGUAUCACGGCUGCGGCUGCUGCUGCCAAUAAAUUGAAGAUGUCAAGAACCAAGCCAGCCAGUGGGAAGAAGCCAGUGGAACCCCGCUAUGAGAAGAAAGGAACUCUGUGGAAAAGGCUCAAGUCGAUUUUAAAAGGCCCAAAACCUGCACGUCGAGACGGGAGAUUCCGCUUUGUGAAAAAAUACAAGCAAGAUUUGAAUUCCCAGACGUCAGUUGUGGUGGAUGGUCCGUCGUUUCGGCCAGCUACGGCCUCCGACUCCAUGCUGCAGAAAGGACAUAGCAAGCACGUGCAGACAACAAGCAGCCAUCUUGUGGUCAACCAGUUCAGCGCCGGGCUGGGGGCGGGGUCUAAUAUAUGUACAGAUCACAACAACACAUGGCACAAAUCAACAUCGCCGCCCAAACCACUGAAGCAUAAAACGGCGCCAGUCAAGCGGAACCAGUGGCGAAGAUUUAGACGACUCCGGGUGUUGCGUCACAGCGCUGAAAUGAUGGGCUCGCCACUACCUCCCAUCAUGAACCAGUCGGUCAGCAGCAAGAACUACAUCCGCAUGAAGGAUCCCCUCGACCAGCCCUGGGAGGAGGAGGCCAAGAGCAGGAAAACAUCGAAAGACAGAAGAACGAAAAGAAACUCUUUAAAACGGACUCAGUCUCCGCUACUGGAGCACCCCAAGGAUGCCGCCGCCUCCAGGCGAUGUGAGCUGGUCAACGCUGCCACCCCAGAGGUCUUUGAGGUCUUCUGCCAUGAGGAUGAAGAUGUUGCAGUCACUAAAGAGAUCCCGACGGUGCGAAUGUUGAUCAAGCCCCGUGUCCUGCCAACCAGUGACGUCAGCCCAGAGACGGUAGAAGAACCUGUAGAGGAACUUGCCGCCGUUGAACAGGUCAAGCUAGCUGAAGUGACCAACGCCUCAAAAAAUCAGCAGAAAAAACAAUCGUCCUCGAAACGAUGGCGCUGUACGGUCAUGUAAACCAUUGAAGCCAUACAUAAUAUUGUAUAAUAAUGUAUAGAAUGAAUGACAAAUGAAAUUUUUUAAAAAUUUAUAAUGUAUCGCUGGUUUCUAAAAAAAUAGAUUCAUCGCUCAACACAGAAGAACUCAAUUGUUUGUGUUUUUAAAGGCUUCAUCUUUUACAUUUUGAAAUUUGAUGUUUCAAAUCGUUUAGUUUUUAAUAUAUCAUUAGCCAAUGUGUUAAAUUUCCCAUCUCUAAUUAAUGUUGUACAUGUUUGACUUGAUGUGCCCCCGUCUCAAGAAGAUUCAUAUUUUAUCUAAAUGAUGUUGUACAUGUUUGACUUGUGCCUUCCUAGAAGAUUCAAGCCCUAUCUAAAUGUUGUGCAUGUUUGAUUUGAUGCGCCCCCGUCUCAAGAAGGCAUGUUCUGGGCCACAUGUUCACAGACUCACAAGCUGAAACUAGUCUUUAUUUAUCAAAGUCACAAAGCUCUCUACUCCAUGUUUUGUGCAAAUAUUUCUUAUCUAAUGUUUUCCUUCAUGAAUAAAGCAUUUAUUUUUUUAACUUAUAUUUAUAAAAGCUUAUUAAAUGUUUAUA